AUGGCUGAACUGUCUUUAGGCCAGGUGUUUUUAAUGCUAGAUAUUAAUAAAGCUGAGAAAACGUUAAAGAUUCGUGUUAAUCUGAGUGCCCAGCCAAAUUUUCAAUUAAAAAGUGAUCUAUUUUCUGAUAUUACAAGUGAAGAUGAACUGCCGGUUCAAGAUAAUAAAGCUGACAUGAGAUUUGGAACACCGUUGAAUCAAAACGAUUUGAAUAAUUUAGUGAAAGAUGGCUUAUCUAAGAAAACUGAAAGUAAAUCAAAGUGGGCGGUGAAUCUUUUCCAAAAAUGGAGAGCACACAGAGAUGGACUAAAUGUGGAGCAUCGUGACAUCCUUCAUCUAUCAAAUGAACAUCUUAAUAUGUUAUUUGGAUAUUUUAUAGCAGAAAUCAAAAAUGAAAAAGGUGAUGAUUAUAAACCAAAUACAUUGCUUGAAAUCAUUAUUUCGAUCCAAUAUUAUAUGCGACAGAAUGGUCGUUUUCUUUCUAUGAUGGAUGAUGGUGAUUUUCGUGGAAUGAAGGCUGUUUUGGAUUCAAAAAUGAAAGAUUUGAACCGUCAGGGAAAAGGUGUACAGAGGCGACAGGCCGAUAUUAUAAAUGAGAAACACGAAAACAUGAUGUGGAAUAAUGGGAUUCUUGGAACCAGCAGUCCACAACAACUAUUGGAUACCCUAGUCUUUCAACUCAGUCUCCAUUUCGCCUUAAGAGCUGGACAGGAACAUUGUCUCAACUGGCAGUCAAACUAG